UCACAUAAAUGAUAAAAAAUUUGGUUUUGGCCAUUUGGCUCCCUCCCCGAAAUUGACACUUUAUAAAAACCUUCUGUACUUCUUUUCCCCCUCCCUCUCUCCCUCUCUACUACCUCCAAGAUGGUAGGAAAGUUGUUGUUUUGGAGGGCAGAGGAGCCGCUCUCUGAUGUUAUGUCCUCUCAGUGCCUGUAGUGGUGCUGUAGGAGGCUGCUGGCUCUCUUCUUGAGCAGCCCCAGCAGCCCUGCCUUCUUUGCUGGAGAAUAUAUUCAGGGAUUCCCCUUAAUAAUCACCUACCCUCUGAACACUUUGUAGUUUUAAAAUAAUAAAGAGCCCCCAAAGCUUCCUCCCCACAAAAAGCAGGAUCUUCUCAGAGCCAGGGGGGCAGCAGCUCCUCAGCACAGAGCCCGAGCCCAUUCCCAGUCCCUCUGCUGGGGAGGAAACUCUGAUCUGUCAGCCCAACAGAGGGAAAGGGGGGAGAGGAGAGAGAGGAGAAAAAAAAAGCAGCUGGAAAGGGAAAAGAACGUCUGGUAGUUGUGAAGUGAGUCCACUGGAAAACCCACCAACGUGCUUCACCCGGCACAGACAAUCUGCUUCGUCUUGAUUCAUCAUCAUUCCAGGAUAGUGGUGUCCUUGGGGCUCUCUCUUAACAUUGAUAUGGUACAGAAGAUUUAAAAUCAGCUGAUGUUCACAAGGAAUAGAGUCACGUGAUGUAUGAAGGCAAACACAUACACUUCUCUGAGGUUGACAAUAAGCCCUUGUGCUCAUAUAGCCCCAAACUGUGCAAGCAGAGGCGACUUAACGGGUACGCCUUCUGUAUCAGACACGUUCUGGAGGACAAGACUGCCCCCUUCAAGCAAUGUGAAUAUGUGGCCAAGUAUAACAGCCAACGCUGCACCAACCCCAUCCCCAAAUCUGAGGACCGUAGGUACUGCAACAGCCACCUGCAGGUACUUGGCUUUAUACCGAAAAAGGAGAGGAAGAAAAAGAAUGAUCCCAUAGAGGAGGUAAAGGUCAGGCAUCAGAUGGAUGCUAUGGCCUUCAGUCUGACAGUGCCCACCCUGGCCUUGAAGAUGCCCAAUGGACUGGAUGGGAUGUCCCUCUCCCCUCCAGGGGCUAGGCUUCCUCUCCAUUACCUGGAGGCAGAAUUAGAAGACCCCUUUGCUUUCAACGAGGAAGAUGAUGACCUAAAGAAAGGGGCAACAGUGAGGAAAAAGUUGCAGAGCAAGUUGGCUCAAAACCGGCAGCGCCAGAGAGAGACAGAGAUUUUAAAAGUUCGCCAAGAGCACUUUAGCCCCCUUCCUGCACCUUUGCAGCAGCAGCCUCUGCAGCAGCAGCACUCCCAUCUGCCACCUUCAUCAGCUUCGUUAAAGCCGACAGGGCUACCGCAGGGCGUAGUCUGCAAGUCACCUCAACCUCCGAACACCAGCCUACCAAUGCAGGGAGUGGCACCCACCACACACACUAUAGCACAAGCCCGGCAGUUGUCUAACAAGAGACCUCUGCCUCUCCUGCCACCCGCUAGGGCUCCUGUCACGGACCCUCCAAGGACUGAUCGGGUCCUCAUGAAAGCCACAGCCUUUUCUCCACACUCGUCCUGCAUGAGCCGGCUACAGAGACUGGUGAAACUGUGCACUCGAAAACAGCAGCUGGACACUGACCUGUUUCCACAUUUAGGGCUGGACUGGUCUGAAGACAGUGGAGAAGAGUUGGAGGAUUCAGAGCAAACCUCCCCUUACCAGGUUGCGUGGUCUAUCCGAGAAACCCUUGGCUAUGAGAGACAUGAGUCCGAUGAUGACAAUGCAGAUGACAGGAGUUCCAGGGUGACCAGACUUUGCACUUACUUUCAGCAGAAAUACAAGCACCUCUGCCGCCUGGAGCGGGCAGAAUCUCGUCAGAAGAAAUGCCGGCAUACACUCCGGAAAGCCUUGCUGCAGGCGGCCAGCAGAGAGCCGGAGCGUGCUGGGCAACUGAUACAAGAACUCCGAAGAGCUACGUGUGCUCGUACCAGCACAAGCCAAGUGAGGCAGAGAGAUGCAGAACCAACAACUUGUAGUGGGACUUUGAAGGGAGAACAGUGCACUAACAAGGCCCUUCCAUUCACCAGGCAUUGUUUUCAGCAUAUCUUAUUGAACCGUUCUCAGCAGCUCUUCUCAAGUUGCACAGCCAAGUUUGCGGAUGGUCAACAGUGCUCUGUGCCAGUUUUUGACAUUACACAUCAGACACCUCUGUGCGAAGAACAUGCCAAAAAAAUGGACAAUUUCUUGAGAGGGGACAGCUCCCGUAAAGUUCAGCACCAGCAGCAGAGGAAACCCAGGAAAAAAACAAAGCCACCUGCACUUACCAAAAAACACAAGAAGAAGAGAAGGCGAGGCCCACGUCGGCCCCAGAAACCCAUUCCUCCUGCAGUGCCCCAGGGGAACCUUACCAUGCCUGCCAGUGUCUCACUGCCAGUAGAGAUGCCCCACAUAAGGAGCCCCUCCACACCAGAGCUGAGUGCCGAUGAGCUGCCUGAUGAUAUCGCCAACGAAAUCACAGACAUUCCACAUGACUUGGAAUUGAAUCAGGAGGACUUCUCAGAUGUCCUGCCGCGGCUGCCCGAUGACUUGCAAGAUUUUGAUUUCUUUGAAGGUAAAAAUGGAGAUCUCCUUCCGACCACAGAAGAGGCUGAAGAACUGGAACGGGCCCUGCAGGCUGUAACUUCUCUUGAGUGCCUGAGUACCAUUGGAGUACUUACACAGACAGAUGGUGUGCCAGUUCAGGAGCUGUCAGAUAGAGGGAUAGGGGUGUUCUCUACAGGUGCUGGAGCUCCAGGAAUGCAGUCCUUGAGUCGAGAGGUUAACACGGAUCUGGGGGAGCUGUUGAAUGGGCGUAUAGUACAUGAUAAUUUCUCCGGUCUGGAGCUGGAUGAGAACUUGCUCCGUUCUGCUACCUUGUCCAACCCACCUACGCCCCUGGCAGGGCAGAUCCAGGGGCAAUUCUCAGCCCCAGCCAACGUCAGCCUUACUUCUGCCACUCUCAUAAGCCAGAGUGGCCUUGGGGAGAGAGCCUUCCCAGGACAGUUUCAUGGACUUCAUGAUGGCAGCCAUGCCUCCCAGAGGCCCCACCCUGCCCAGCUGCUGAGCAAGGCAGAUGACCUGAUCACCUCACGACAGCAAUACAGCAGUGACCAUUCACACUCCUCACCCCAUGGAAGCCAUUAUGAUAGUGAGCAUGUGCCGUCUCCCUACAGUGACCAUAUCACAUCCCCUCACACCACAUCCUUUUCUGGUGAUAACUUGGCAGCUACCUUCUCAGCAGAGAUGCCCAUGAUGGCACAGCACUUGCUCCCAACUCAGCUGGAUGUGCCACUUAGCGGGGUGGUCAACCCCAGAACUCACUGGGGAAAUCUUCCUGUCAAUCUUGGGGACCCCUCUCCGUUUAGUAACCUUCUUGGUGCAGAUGGACACCUCCUGUCCACCUCCCUGUCCACACCACCUACCACCUCGCACUCAGAGACCACACAGCCUGCCUUCGCCACCGUGACCCCCAACAGCUCCAGUGUGCUUCCGGGGUUACCGCAGACCAGUUUUAGUGGCAUGGGUCCUGCCUCUGCUGAACUCAUGGCCUCCACCUCCCCUAAACAACAGCUCCCUCAGUUCAGCGCGGCCUUCGGGCACCAGCUGAGCUCCCACAGUGGCAUCCCCAAGGACCUGCAGCCCAGCCACAGCUCCAUAGCUCCUCCCACGGGCUUCGCAGUGACCGGUGCCACCGCUACCAGUACCAAUAACGCAUCCGCGCCCUUCACCACCUCCAACUGAGCUUGUCUGCCUGGCUCUGUGCAGGUAGCAUCUGGCAUGGAAAAUUUGGCUGCACGCAUUGAUUUGAGAAUGGUGCACUGAAGUCCUAAAUCAAGAUCAUGGCUCAAGGAUGAGUUUGGCAGUUUCUUAAAAUAGUCUCUUGACCUCCUCUGUGUGCGUGUGUGUGUUUGGUGUGCAGGGAGCAGCAGUUUCUUUUCUUCUUUUGGUGAAGAAGUGGGAGUUGUCCCCUUCCAGAACUGGUCACUGUUCUUACUGCAUGCUGAUUUUUGGUUUUUUAUUAUGAUGAUUUUUAAUUCAUUGAGCAGCAAGGGGAUCAGUUGACUGGUUGCCCAGAAUCUGAAGGCUAAUACAAAGUUAGCCCAGGGAAAAAAAGAAAGAAAAACCAGAAGGAUUGAAAUAGAUCAUGGAUUAGUGAAGAUUCCUGUGCAGAAAUUCCCUCCCUUGCUGAAUUACUGUGGCCUUGUAGCAUUGAUGAUUUGCCUUUUCAAGUGUGGCUUUGUCCAGAACUCCUUGUCUGACAGGCUGACAGGUAUUUCCCAGCUGAAACUGGAAGAAUUUGGUUGGUAUUCUGCCCAUCCACACAAGUCUAGGUCAGACCCUUUGGUAAGUUUCAAAUGGAUGCAUUUCUCAAAUUACGUCUAGCUACUGAGACUUCCUUGGAUAUUUCCUUUACCCCCCCCCCCGGGGCCCUUAUAGUUUUUUUGACACUUGGAGGGUUUGAUGCUCUGUAUGGGAAGCUGAAUGUACGUAAGGAACUAGCAGGUACCUAUCAGCAGUCAUGGCUAACCAAAAGAGAAAUCACUAAAGCAAAAUAGGUAAGAUUUCUUUCUGUCUGCAGGGCAGUUUUGCUUUUACUGUCCACCUGUUAAAGAUAGUAUUCAGACUCUUUGGUAGUAAUUUCAGUUCUUAAAGAAAGGAGUCCACUAGCUUUUAGAUUUUUUAUUUUAUUUUAUGUUUUUUAAUCCAAGAGAUAACAGCAGCAGAAAUUCUGAGGUGUUUACUUGCAUCUCUUUAUCAGGAAGAGAAAAAAGGAAUUUGCUUGUGACUUUAUAGGGCUCAAACUUGCUACUGUACUCUGACUUUGACUGUAAAAGUAGCUCCUACUUAAUAUAACAAGUCUUUACUCUUCUUGGUUUGUUUCUGAGAUGCAGACAAGAGAGAAUAGAAAAUCCACAUUUCAGUCUCUUACUGUAGAAGGCAGAUUUCAUUCUACCUUACAGUAAAAUGUCCUACCUGCAUGUAUUCUAGUCUAAUUCAGGAAAUUAAGAGAUACCAAGCACAUACAAUAGGGAGGCCUAACAAAUUGUUUGAGCAAAGGAUCGUUGAACGAAGUUUAGUUGCUAUAGAAAUUCAUUUUGUUAGCAGUCAGGCCCACACCAAAAUCUCUGACCCAAACCUCUCCUUCCAUCUUGCUAAGGAACAGAAUUUAAACAGGGUAGGUCUUGUGUCUUCUUACUAUUGUAGCAAUCAUACUAUCCUUCUUUUCUUGAAAGAUUUGUUCUCCUUAAAUAUAAAGGAGUAUGGAUGAUGCAUAUGUCCUUUUCUGAAAUUGCAAGUGUAUGUGGGUGGAGGAAACAAAAAUGAUUUUCAUGCUUCUGUUGUUAUGAAGUCCUUAUUUCAUACUUGGUAAAAUAGAUCUUAAUAAUAUAAGCCGAAUAUUUUUAAGUGGUGAUUUAAAUAUGUUUGUAACAUUUAAAUGUUUUUAAAUCAUGUAAAAAGUUGAAUUGAAGCCUAUGAAAUCCUGCUUGUGAUUGUCCUGCUGAUUGAGGAAUGCCCAGUGGUAUUGUGAAAUGAGGCAAAUCUGACAAGGCAUUUAUUUAUUUUUGUAUUAUGUUCCCCAUACUUUGUUGAGGAGACAACUGUUUGAUUUGCAAAUGAUUUUCGUUGUGUCCAUAUGCCUUCUUCAAUGUGUUUGGAUGACUGGCUGAAAAAGAGUGGAGAACUAGUAUACCAAAUGGUUAAUUCUUUAAUCUGCUUGUGUAUUCAUGUCAUUUUAGAGGAUGUUAAUUUCUAUAAGUUGGUUUCAGGACUUUGGUCUUGAAAUCAUUCUCGUGCCCAUCAAACUCUUCAAUGAAGCUGCAGCUUGUGCAGAGUAUAUUUGCCCCACAUCG